CUGUCAUUCCAAUAAUAUGAAUUACCUGUUGCAUGUUGAUAUUUAACGGGCGCUCCGUCUACCUUACGUAGUGAUUAUUAGUGAAAACUCGAUCCCUAAAUCCCCUCGGGCGACUGCCCCAUGACAUCACAUGGUAUGCGAUUUACUUUUCAAACGGUCGUCUGAGAGGCAAGAACUUCCUAAAUAGGAAGUGCGAUCAACGCUCUCCAUUUUGGUCCAUGUUGUAAAUUUCAGGGCUAAUAUCUUUGUAUCUUUUGGAGUUAAAAAGGAACCUGGGAACAAGACAAACCAUUUACUGAGAUAUGAACACUACACAGACCAUUUACUGAGAUAUGAAAUCUCCUAGACAGUCUCUGUGGCCUCAUCACUACUGACUUGUGGUGUCUGGUCUCAUCGCUCACCAUGACCCCAACCGGCCAGGCCGAGGAGUGAAACAGACAUGUCUGAUUCGACCUUGUUCAGAGCCACCAGAAUACUCUGCAGAAGUAUAUCUAGUGAUAUGGAGGAGUCUGAGGCCAAGGGCAAAGGAGGAGCUGUCCCCAUGAGGAAGAGUUCAGACAGGAGGGGUUCUGACUGGGGAAGCAUCGCCAUGCUGGAUAAGACCAAAGAGUUCUUCCAGACCUGCGAUGUGGAGGGCAAAGGCUUCAUCACACGCACCGAUAUGAGGAGGCUUCACAGAGAACUACCCCUCAGUGCUGAGGAACUGGAGAAUGUCUUUGACUCCCUGGAUACUGACCAGAACGGCUACCUCACCCUUGAAGUGUUCUCAUCAGGAUUCAGUCAGUUCCUGCACGGCCGAAGGAUCUCUGUAGCCGAGGACGCAGUACCCGCUCUCCCCACUUCGAGGAAGCCCUCGGAAGCCCUAUACCAGAGCCAAUGGGACGAGAGGUUAACUGGAGGGGGGGAGGAUGACGAGGAGAGUCACUUCUGUAUGCUGCUGGAGAGCCUAGGGGCCAGCAAUGUAUUCCAGGAUCCAGGCGAAGUGCGCAGCUUGUGGGCCCAGCUGAGGAGGGACGAGCCUCACCUCUUGUCCAACUUUGAGGAGUUCCUGGCCAGAGUCACCUUCCAGAUCAAAGAGGCCAAAGAUGAGAGGAGGGAGAUGGAGAGUGCCCUGCAGAGGAAAGCAGCCACACACGACAGUGAGAUCCGCCGUCUGUAUGAAGAAAUGGAGCAACAAAUGAAAAGUGAGCAGGAACGGCUGCUCCUCCAGGACUCGGAGCGUCUCCAGUCUCGUAGUCACGACCUGGAGCACCAGCUGUCCAGUAAGGAGAGAGAGCUGGAGCAGCUCUUCCAGAAACAGAGGAGGUUGGAGCUCCAGUGUCGCGACCUGAGCAGUGAGCAGCAGGAGAACCAGGUGGAGAACGUCAAGCUGAAGAUGACCAACGAAGAGCUUAGCAGAGAGCUGGAGAGCACCUGUCAGGAACUGUCCCUGGCCCAGGAACAACUGACCAUGUUGCAGGACCAGGCUGCCCGCCUGCACCAGGAGAGAGAGAUGGAAAUGUACCGAGUCACUGAGGGACUACAGAGAGAGAAACAGAGCCUGAUGAAACAACUAGACCUUCUCAGAGAGAUGAACAAACAUUUAAAAGACGAGCGAGACAUAUGCUGUGCUGUGAACCCCAGGAACUCCCUCAAACAGAAGCAGAAGCAGAGAGCAGGCUUGGUCAAUCUGUUUGCAGACACCAGCCAGCAGCCGGUUAAAAGUGAGGACGAUAUGGACGCCGCUUGUCCAGCACGUUCGCCGAAAACCAACUACGGCUUGGCCAACGGCUACCACGACUCCAACACCUGGUCCCCGACCCAGGUGGCUGAUGGGAAGGUGGAGACGGUGGUUGAGGUGGAGGCGCAGGGGGUGAGGGGGGUGCGGGUGAAGGAGAGGAUCUCCAAGUUCGAGUCAGAGAAGACCCUCGCCCCCACCCAGGAAGAAAGGGAGAGGGAGAGGCACACAGAGUACCAGAGUAAGCCGGAGGUAGGGGGCGACGGGCUGGACGGUCCCCCAGACGGGUGGCCUCUCCGUCGGGUUAUCUCCAUCGAGGAGGACCACCUCCCCCACCUGCUUCACGGAGGGCCCCAGCCCCUGCUGCACCAGCUCAGUGAGCAAGACGACGAGGAGGAAGAGGAGGAAGAGAAGGAAGAUCUGGAGAGUGGUGUCCUCUUCGCCCCUGUUCCUCUACCCGUCCCGGUCACGACAGUGUCCCCCUCCAAACACAGAGGUCGUUUCAGCAGAAUCAGAAACGCCCCCUCGUCACCUCGAGGACAGCCCGUCGGCAAGGAGACCCAACAUAGGGUGAAGGAGGGGGCGGUGCCUGCCCCUGACCGCCUGUUUAAGGUGGUUCUGGUGGGCAACUCCAGCGUUGGCAAGACUUCCCUGCUGCGCACCUUCUGUGACGGCCACUUCCACCCCUCCACCUCCCCUACUGUGGGUGUUGAUUACAGUGUGAAGACUCUAAUGUUGGACAACACCCAGGUAGCCAUGCAGCUGUGGGACACGGCAGGGCAGGAGAGAUACCGUAGCAUCACCAAGCAGUUCUUCCGUAAGGCGGACGGCGUGGUGGUCAUGUAUGACGUCACGGUGCUGGACAGCUUCAAGGCUGUGCGACCCUGGUUCAUCAACGUCCAGGAAGCUGCGGGAGAGGGCAUUCCCAUCCUGCUCCUGGGCAACAAGAUGGAUGCGACGUCCGAGAGGAAGGUACCACUCAGAGAUGCAGAGUAUCUGGCCAAUGACACCCGUGUGAUAUUCUACGAGGUCAGUGCUUACACCGGCUACAACGUGACAGAGGCCAUGGUCCACCUGGCCAGAGUACUGAAAGAGCAGGAGGAUCGGGUGAGAGACACUGUUGUCUUACUGGAGGCCCUGCCCAUCAAGAAGAAAGCCUGCUGCAAGUAAAGCCACUCUGAGACAGAAAGAGAGUGUGAGAGAGAGCAUUUGGAAAGGGUGGAGACUCCUGGUAACAAGUGAAGGAACUCUUCACUCUAACUCAUUCUGUGUGCUCUGGAGCCAGAUCCUAACUUUGUGUGCGUUUGUUAAUCAAUGUCUCAAAUUAGGACUGUCCUUCUUUCAGUUCCUGUUUUGUUGAAAGCAGAGAGCCCAGUUGAGAUGGAUCAUAGUUGAUUUAGCUCUAGUCUACAUUACAACACUUUUUCAGUUUUGUUAUUUGGACCUGCUGACUGGUAUGAGCAGUAGAAAUGUGUUCUACUGUAGAACUAAUGGUAUAUUUUGUGAAUUUGAAAAUAAUGUAUGUAAAUAAGAGCUUGAUUAAGGUAAUGUUCAUUAAUCUGUCGCACCAUAAGCACAACAAAAUGAGUGUCAUAAAUUGAAAUCAAAUUAAAUAUUUGAUUAUU